UAACAUUAUGUAUCGAUCCUAUCGUUUGUGAUUAGGCCAGCUCUAUGGUGCAGACAAUUAGUAAAAAAAACGUGCGGUGUCGAGUUGAAGUUUUUGCGCUAUUACCGUGAAUCCAAAGGUGAUUGCUCAUUAUCAACUAAAACUAGCUGAAAAAACAAAGAAAACUCUGCGAUCGCGUUGUUCCGCCCCCUAAAAAAUAAAAAGAGAGAAGGAAAACAAGAGAAACCAGCAAACGCCCAAGAAGUGUGUCUGCUUUAAAUCAAUUUUAUUGGGAACAUCGGCCAGACGACAAGGAGUCGAGUAAAAAAUGUCCGUGAUUGGCAUCGAUUUUGGCAACGAGAGCUGCUAUGUGGCGGCAGCAAAAUCCGGCGGAAUUGAGACGCUGGCCAAUGACUACAGUCUCCGGGCCACGCCCUCCUUUGUGGCCUUCGAUGGCAAGAAGCGUAUCAUCGGCGUGGCCGCCAAGAACCAGCAGGUGACAAACAUGAAAAACACAGUUGGCGGAUUCAAGCGCCUGCUUGGCCGCAAAUUCAACGAUCCCCAUGUAAAACACGAACUCACGAGCAUUCCAGCGCGCGUGGAGGCGCGAGGCGACGGCAGCAUUGGCAUCAAGGUGAACUACCUUGGGGAGGAUCAGCAUUUCGGACCUGAGCAGCUGACUGCGAUGCUCUUCACCAAGCUGAAGGAGACGUCGGCGGCUGCCAUGCAGACGCAGGUUAACGACUGCGUCAUCGCCUGUCCCGUGUUCUUUACCAAUGCAGAGCGUAAGGCUCUCCUAGAUGCCGCCCAGAUCGCCGGACUAAACGUCCUGCGAUUGAUGAACGAAACGACGGCCACCGCGCUGGCCUACGGCUUCUACAAGAAUGACCUGUUUGAGGACAAGCCACGCAACGUGAUCUUUGUCGACUUUGGGCACUCGUCACUGCAGGCCAGUGCCUGUGCCUUCACCAAGGGCAAACUGAAGAUGCUGGCCAGCACCUGGGACCAGAUCGGUGGACGCGACAUUGACCUGGCUCUGGGCGAUUACUUCGCCAGGGAGUUCCAGGAUCGCUACAAGAUCAACGCCAAGACCAAUGCCCGUGCCAAUCUGCGCCUGCUCACCGAAAUCGAAAAGCUGAAGAAGCAGAUGUCCGCCAACAGCACCAAGCUGCCGUUGAACAUCGAGUGCUUCUUGGAUGAUAUCGAUGUCUCGUCGUCCAUGCAGCGUUCGCAGAUGGAGGAGCUGUGCGCCCCCGUUCUGCAGCGCGUCGAGCAGACGUUCAAGCGCUUGCUAGCCGAGUCUAAGUUGCAGCUGGACGACAUUCACUCCGUGGAGAUUGUUGGCGGAAGCUCACGCAUUCCAUCCGUGAAGCAGCUUAUUGAGCAGGUCUUUAACAAGCCGGCUAGCACCACUCUUAACCAGGACGAGGCUGUGUCUCGCGGUGCAGCCCUUCAGUGCGCCAUCAUGUCGCCAGCUGUACGCGUCCGAGAGUUUGGCGUCACUGACAUACAGAACUACGCCGUUAAGGUGCUGUGGGACAGUGAGGGCUCUGCUGCUCCGGGAGAGAUCGAGAUCUUCCCGCAAUACCAUGCUUCUCCGUUCAGCCGCCUGCUGACCAUCAACCGCAAGGGACCGUUCAACGUUUCAAUUGUUUACGGCCAGCAAGUGCCCUAUCCAGAUCAAACCAUUGGCGUAUGGAAGGUCAAGGAUGUAAAGCCGACGGAGCGCGGCGAGGGUCAGGAUGUGAAGCUGAAGGUGCGCAUCAACAACAAUGGCAUUGUGCUAAUCUCCUCCGCCACUUUGGUGGAAAAGAAGGAGGCGGAAGAGGCUGCCGCAGCUGCUGAGCAGGCUGCCAGUGAAGAAAAGCCAGGCGAGCCGACCAACAACGCUGGAGAGCCUGCGGAUGGUCAGCAAGAGGCAUAUUGUGAGAAUGAGGAUGAUAAUAAUACAUCAACAGCCUCAUCACCUGGCGGACAAGGGUGGGCACAGCGGGUCAAGGGCUGGUUUGGUUCGGGCUCUGAUAAAAAGAAGAAGGCUUCCAAAGCCACCGAAUUGCCGCUGGAGUGCACCACACACGGCUUCAGCCCCGUCGACCUGGGCAACUACACACAGCAGGAAUCGAAAAUGAUUGGCAACGAUCAGAAGGAAACGGAACGCAUUGACGCCAAAAAUGCCUUGGAGGAGUUCGUCUACGAUAUGCGCAAUAAGCUGCAGGGUGGCGCCUUGGAGCGAUUCGUGGUUGAGGCUGAGCGCGAGACUAUUGUGGCGCAGUUAAAUGAUCUCGAAAACUGGCUCUACGAGGAUGGCGAGGACUGCGAGCGUGAGAUCUAUACCAGCCGCCUGCAGGCCCUGCACCAGAAGACGGAUCCCAUCAAGGUGCGCGCGAGCGACUACGAGCAGGGACCAGCUGCAUUUGAUGAGCUGAAGAACAGCAUUGCCAUUGCACGUCUGGCAGUGGCCGAGUUCCGCAAGGGCGUGCCCAAGUACGAUCACCUCACGGAAACCGAGUUUAUCAACAUCUCGGAGACGGCGGACAAAGCGCAAUCGUGGCUGGAUGCAAAUCUGCCCAAGUUCUCACAGUCGCCGCGCACCGCUGACAGUCCCGUCCAGAUUUCUGCCGUGCGCCAAGAGGUGCAAACUCUAAACGCGUGCGUCAGUUCGGUGAUCAACAGGGCGAAACCGAAGCCAACUCCGGCCAAGACAGCAACACCGCCAAAGGACGAUGCGAACGCGGAACAGAACGGCGGCGAGCCAGCUGCCAACUCCGGCGACAAAAUGGAUGUGGAUAACAAUGCCCAGAGCGCGGCAGGAAACGAUCCCUCCAUGGAUGUGGAGUGAGCUUAUUAAGCUCAUUCAGAUAUCCGGUUGUUCCCGGCUAUCAGCGGUAUUGGCUAACGAUUAAUGAUAAUAAUAAUAACGAUAACUUAAACGGUAAACAUAUAUGAAUCAACGUUUGUAUAUGCACUUGCUUCAGGACUAGCAGAGAAUACAACAAAAUCAACACAACAAACAAAAUGCAACCAACCAACCUACAAGUGUAAGAAUAAUUUGAUUAAAUGCUUCUGCGGCCGCAGCUGGAUUCAAAAAUCAGAUGUAGGAAUGUGGACGAGAGUGCUAGAAAAGGAUACAACUGGUGAGGAUGGAAACCUACACAUCUGCUGCUGCCGUGUUGAUGAUGCAAAACGAAACAGAAACAAACAACAACCCUAAACCAAUUUCUAAUCGACCAUUUUUCAUAUAUUUGAAUAACAAAAUCAACAAAGCGACACUAAAUGAAUGGAAUUAAAAUAAUCAAAUAAAAACAAUGAUAAUUCCAA